AUGGCCAAAAUGAUGAAGAUGAUGUCCAUGAAGAUGGCCAAAAUGAUGGCCAUGAAGGUACAGGCUUUGCGUGUGCUUCCUCUUGUGCAAUACGCAUUUUUUUUUAUGUGAUGUUGUUUCUUGAUGUUGAUUGCCAUUGCUACUAAAAAGGUGCUGGUUAUCACACUGCGAGCAUAUUUCUUACUUCUAACAAGAUGGUGACGUUGUGAUGUUCCUGCUCGAGACCAACAAACCACAUAUUUAUCAUCUCGUAUGAUGAUUUCAAUCAAUCGCAAAUAAUAUCCGCACAGAUGGUGAUGAAGAAGAUGGCCAUGAAGAAGUCUGUCAUCGCGAAGGGCAAGCGCGCCAAGGUCUCCGUCUUCAAGGGCACCAAGCUGAAGACCACCAGUGGGUUGAAGAGGUCCGACUUGAAGAAGAACAAGUCCGGCAAAAUCGUGUCCGCCAAGGCUUUAUCAACUGCACACUGCUCUGGAUCUGGAAAGUUGAAUAAUUAGGUUUGUUUAAGUGCCACGCUUUUGGGAGAAGGCUGUCAUGCAUAUCGCGGAGUAGCUGUAGCAUCAGCAUUGCGUCGUUGAAAUGCAAGAGCGCAAUUGGAAUUGCGCAUGGGCGCUGCGCACUAUAUCUGUAGUCGCUAAAAGAUUUCUCAUGUGCAGCUGCAUUCUGCUUUCAGUUUCUCACUCUCAAUCUCAUACAUAAGUUUUGAUGGCCCCUCCUUGUUCCCACUUCCAGAUGCAGACAUAUAUGGCAUUUGAUACUUCUCGGCUCAGGGCAAGAAGGCCUUCAAGAACAUCUCCAAAUGGACUGUCGCCGUUAUGGAACUCUCAAGCGUUACAUGGGUUGCUGUUGCAUGAUUUGUUAUGCAAAAUUAGUGGCAGUAUGAGUCACAGUCCCCAGCUCCACAUGAUCAAUUUAGUUCGCAUGACAAUUUUCUGGAGCGCUGAACAGCGCGGAAAUCUGCGCCAAACUUGUGAUGCGAGACGGGCAAACUCUUCCAUUCAACUUUUGCUUCUCGCGUAUCAUAAAAGCAUGCAGCAGCGAACACUGUAAUUUUUGAGAACUCCAUAGCUGUCAGCAAGGCCCGCAAGGCUCUGGGAAUCAAGGGGUUCGUCCCGGUUGGUGGCGCGACCGCUAAGGGCAAGGCCUUCUUGGCCAAGGCCAAGUCCCUCUACAAGUAAAUCGAGGACAACGGUGAAACAACUGACUGGCAUGUCAACUAAUGUGGACAGUUGAAUGGUGGAUCGCCAUCUUUUACUUCUGAAGCACCUUGCUUGAGUUGUGUAGCUGGCAAAAAUUCUACUAAUCGCAUCUUUAGAAGUGCAAGUCCCUCGGUCGACCAACGAAAAAUCCUGUGACCUGAGGUUGUGACGCUGUGCACACAGUGGUCGUUGUAGCAGGUUUAUUUUGCACGUUCUGGCUGUUGGGCCCGCGGUAGAGCAAGUGGAGCAUCCUCCAUAGUUCCCGCGUGAUUCAUGACUUGUCCGUCUUAGGAAGAGGACUGUGGUCGAACCAUUGUUUCAAAAACGGAUAUAGAAAAAUCAGAGCAGUUUGCUUUCGCACGCGGACCCCAAUGCCGCGUCGGACCAAUUUGUACCCUGUCAUUGCGAACAGGUUCUGUUCCUUGCGCACAGAAUGUGAGAGGGAAAGAGAGUUAAGCGGCGCGUAAUUUUUCAUUGGUUGUCUACGAAAAGCAGUUGAAAUAAAACGUGCGAUUGCGGCGAUGCGUCGGUUUCUUGAGCAAGUUUUUUUAAUGUACUGGUGGCCCUAUUCUGGAGCAAUGCUUGCAUGUAAUCGCAAUGCUGUGAAGGAGGGUCCCGGACUUCCCGGUCUCUGUUUGGAACCAAGGUCAGCACAGACGACGAGAUACAUGACGCACU